AUGUUGGCAGCUUUCGCCGUCGCCCUGGCGGCGCCCCUGGCCGCGCCCGCACCCGCCAACGUGCGCGAAGCAGCGCAUAACACGACUCCGCAAGCGCGCGCGCCCACCUUCGCCCCGGCUCUGGUGCCGUGUGACGCCGGCUUCGUCCCGACGUGCGAGCAAGCGAAAGGUUUUGGCCUCUGCGACACCACCAACGCAGCGUGCGACGAGGCCUGUGUCGAAGAAGUCAAGAUGACCUGCCCUGUGACGUGCAGCCUCCCGGCGGAGGCGACGUCCGGGCACCUGGCCCCGGACGCCGCUCCCUCCGACUACGGCGAACGCUUGCCGCCGGCCGCCACGGAGGCCAUCUGCAGCAGCUGUGCAGAUCAUCCAGACCUGCCCUGCUGCCACAACCAUCCGCACGAGGGCAACGAUCGCCGCCUGAAUGGCCCUGCGACUGUAUCCGACGCAGCCAUGGACGAAUGGAUCCGUUUCCAGCAAGAUUCGAAAAUUGAACAGUACUGUGUAGGGUAG